AUGGAGACAGUGGUGAUCUUAGCCAUAACAGUUUUAAUGAUUAUACUUAUUUUCGCUGUCAUAUCUAUAGGAUUUAUACUAAAAUACAAAUUCUGGUCCAGGUCAAAAAAAUAUAUGAACAUUUAUUCUGUGUUAGAGGACGAAUCACAGGGGGCUAUAUUAGUAAAAAAUGAAAAUGAGCCUGAUUGGAAAGUAGGAAUGAUUAAACAUGACACAAAAGAGGACUCAAUCUCCACCGUAUCCGCUGCAAAUAGUUCUUCUAAUGAUCCUAACAGACUUGUAAUAUCUGAACGACUAUUGCAAUUCAACGAAACAUUUGUGAAGAAUCAAAAAUGGGCGGAAGAAGUGAGCAAUUUGAUGCCACACUGUCUUAGCAUAUUGAAGCUUUGCCAAAAUAUAACCCGUCGACUUGUGUCCGGUAAUUUGUUUUCAACGUUGGAAAAAAAUUUGAGCAAAGAACAAAGAGCCGAAAUAGUCAUAAUCACAAGAGCCAUCGGCCCGAGGGUAGAUGAUGUGGUGAGAGCUAUGUACCCUCCUUUGGAUCCGAGAUUACUGGAGGCCCGAUUAACGUCUUUAUACCUAGCGGUUUGCCAUUUGGUUUACGUUACCAAUAAAUCAAUGUCCUCAGAAUUUCAAAAUGAAAUUGCUAUGCAAAAACAUUGGCUAAAUCAGAGCAUACUACGUAUCGAAGAUAAUUUGAAGGUUUUGAGAAAAGUAUCACUAGCUUUUGACACCUGCAUACAGCUACAAAACUUGAGUUAUGCUACCGAAAAUUUUCGCUACGAUAAAAUUGGAAAAAAUUUUCCUAAUCAAAAUAUAGCCGUGAUUAGUUUAUAA